CCGUUCAGAUGAAGAUCAGCUGUUGGCUGCUUACGGGGAGGGAGGAAGUGAUGCAGGAAAAUGCCCAUAAUGUUGCUACACUUAAAGGGGGAAGCACAAAGAAGCAGAGUGCUUCAGUCCAAGAUUAUCUUUUCACUUCUUUCAGUUAUCAAACAAAGCUAAACAAAACCGUUUAAAAUAUAUCUGUUGUUCCCCAGUAGUGUUGCUUUCCCUCCCUCUGCGUGUCGUCUAGAAUCAGACAUUAAUGUGGAAGUUUUUUUUUUUUUUUUUGUCAGCUCACCGCUAGUAAGCUAGCAAUCUGAGUUAACGCGACGAGUUUCUCAGUUCGCUUGUAGUCCCUUUCGGCAAACUUAUUUUGUUACCUAAUUUAACUGGCACUCUUUUAGCGAUGCUGAUCCAUACACCAAAUGAGAAUUUGUCUUUUCAAAGAGUAUGCCAUUGCAUCAUUCUGCUAUAAGGUAUGGCUGUGCUCAAGCUGCAAAGACCCAAACCAUGUUGACAACAAUAAUCCCUGGAAGUGUGGGAACGAGAUUUUAACUUUCCCAGUUGAAGUUUUGCUCCAUGACUGAUCAAUCACAGGCCUGAGGGUAUGUUGAGACGUCUCGCCAGGCCAGUUCAGAGGCGUUUAGGUGGUUCGGACGGGGACUGAAUGUGAGGAGGAAAGGAGAGGGACCAGUGAGAAAGACAUGGGCCAGUGCGUCACCAAGUGUAAGAAUCCGGCGUCCUCACUCGGCAGUAAGAGUGGAGACAAGGACAGCAGUUCCAAGUCCAGCAAGAAAAGCGGCACUGCUGGAGGCGGGAGUCACAAGGAAGAGCUGAGCGCUCCAUGUAGCAAAGCCACCAGUGAGCUUUCGAAUGGCACCAAAACCCCCGAUGUUACAGUGGAGACGCCCAUCCUCCCCUCACUGAUGGGGGAGCCCCUCAAAGAUGAGCGUGUGAAUGGAGAUGGGUUGUCCAUGUGGCGUAUCGAGGAGCUCUUCUGUUGCUACAAGGAUGAGCAGGAAGACGCCAUUUUGGAAGAAGGCAUGGAGAGAUUUUGCAACGAUUUGUGUGUGGACCCAGCUGAGUUUCGUGUACUGGUUCUUGCCUGGAGGUUUCAAGCAGCCACUAUGUGCAAGUUUACAAGGAAGGAGUUUGUUGAAGGCUGCAAGGCCAUAAAGGCGGACAGUAUAGAGGGCAUCUGCUCACGCUUCCCCUGCAUGCUGGUGGAGGCCCAGGGCGAGGAGAACUUCAAAGACCUUUACCGCUUCACCUUCCAGUUCGGCCUGGACGCCGACGAGGGCCAGCGCUCUCUGCAGCGGGAAAUCGCCAUCGCCUUGUGGCGGCUGGUUUUCACGCAGAACAAGCCCGAGAUCCUGGAACAGUGGCUGGACUUCCUCGCUGAGAACCCCUCGGGAAUUCGGGGCAUCUCAAGGGACACUUGGAACAUGUUCCUCAAUUUCACGCAGGCUAUAGGGCCUGACCUGAGUAACUACAGCGAGGACGAGGCCUGGCCCAGCCUCUUCGACACGUUCGUGGAGUGGGAGUUGGAGCGCAGGAAAAAAGAUCAGUUUGCAAAACAGGAAGAGGAAAAAUGCUUUGUGACAGAAUCUUCUUCCACCACAGAUGGACUUGAAACAGAGGGAGGCCGGGGGUCACAGACAUGGGGGGGGCACUGACCAGAAAAUAAUUUGCAAUAGAGAGAAGGAUACUUUUACGUGAAACACAUCUGUGAAUUAUUGGAUAAAUUUGAGUAUUACCAUUUCAUUCGCUUUUUUAGCUCUCCGUUAAUAUUGGGAUUGGAUUUCCGCUUUUCUCUUGUGUUGUGUUCUAAGGGCUCUAAAACUGUUUUAAGCACUUCUAUUUAAGUUAUUUUAUGUUUCCCUCCUUCCUUCCACAUGUUUUUUAGUCAUUGGACUUGUGGUCUAUUUUAAUACAAACACAUAUACACCUUAAACCAGCAGUUUGCUAAAUAAAAACUUGGUUUUUAAAGUGGUCA